GACUCGUGCCAUCUUGCGGACUCCCUGUGUACUGAUAUCUAUGCGCAAGCGCAACCCCCAGCUUGCCAUCUGAUUCAAACAAUUAAAACGGACGGUGGGAUCUCAUGUUGUUGUAGUCUGCGGAACUUACAGUUUGUAUAGCGAAGAGAACGAUAAACUCUUCAAAUUGUUAAGAUGGCUGAAGGAGCAGACCUUACUGGAAUGUUCUCCAGUGUCCGAAUGACGGAAAUGAGAGAUGGCUUUGCGAAAUUUGCUAAGAACAACAAAAUUUCUUGCGACGACUUUGCAGCCGUUAUGAAGGAAUGCGGCGAACAUGUUCCGGGCUACAAACUAAGACAGGUCGUCCAGGACGUUAAAAAAGAAAACGAGGGUCAAAUAGAUUUUAUUCUCUUUUUAAAAUUGUUCAAGGAUUUGUCCAUUAAAGCUGCUGGUGGGGAUUUUAAGAAAGCAGUAGAUAAGAGAGAAGGAGUGAAAGAGGUAGGAGGCGAUUCGUCAGCUUCGGCCGAAGGGACGAGACAUUCGCUAACAGACGACGAGAGGAUCGGGUUCACUGACUGGAUAAACUCCUGUCUAGGAGAUGACGAGGAUCUGAAAGGCAAAUAUCUACCUAUAUCCGAAGAAGCACAGGAUGGCUUAUUCAAUGCAGUAAAGGAUGGAGUUGUGAUGUGCAAGCUGAUCAACUGGUCCGUUCCCCAUACGAUAGACGAGCGAGCUAUCAACAUGAAGAAACUCAACGUUUACACAAUCCAUGAAAACCAAACUUUAGUGCUGAACUCCGCCAUGGCAAUAGGCUGUAACAUUGUGAAUAUUGGGGCAGAAGACUUGAUCGAGGGCAAGCCCCACCUCGUGCUAGGGCUAAUGUGGCAAGUUAUCAGGAUCGGUUUGUUUGCCAAGAUUACUAUUCAAAACUGCCCAGGUUUGGUUCAGUUGCUUCAUGAUCACGAAGAGCUGGAUGACUUGCGUCGUCUUGCACCCGAAGACAUCCUACUCAGGUGGUUCAACUUUCAGCUAGAGGACGCCGGACACCACCGACGAGUUAACAACUUUAGCUCAGACAUCAGCGAUGCAGAGAAUUAUAGUGUCCUACUUAAUAAGAUAGCUCCGCCCGAACUGGGCAUAGACACACCGCAUGUAAGCGAAUCCGACCCCACAAAACUGGCUGAGCUUGUUCUCACUAACGCUGACAAAAUGGCAUGCCGCAAGUUCGUGCGGGCGAAGGAUGUGGUUAAAGGGAACGCUAAGCUGAACCUGGCGUUCGUUUGUAACCUGUUUAACACGUUUCCGUGCCUGGAGCCAGUUGAGCACGAGAUGACGGACAUCGAGGAGACAAGAGAGGAGAAGACAUUCAGGAACUGGAUCAACAGUCUUGGUAUAAAGCCGUUCGUGCAGAACCUCUACUUGGACCUGGAUGACGGCAUGAUCCUAUUCCAGCUCUUUGACCAGGUUCAACCCGGGAUCGUCAACUAUGACAAGGUAAACAAACCCCCAUUCAAGAAAAUGGGCGCGAAGAUGAAAAAGCUAGAAAACUGCAACUACGCAAUUAGCGUAGCUGAUCUGCUGAAGUUCUCGUUGGUGGGUGUUGGCGGCAAGGAUAUCAAUGACGGCAACAAGAUGCUAAUCCUCGCGCUGCUUUGGCAGACCAUGCGCGCAUACACUCUGACGGUACUGCAGAAGUGCGCGGGCUCAGAGAAACCUGUAACUGAGGCUGAGAUUGUGGUCUGGGUGAACGAGAAGCUUAGCUCGGCGGGAAAAGCCACCACCAUCACAGGGAUGAAGGAUCCAGAGAUCAAGACGAGCAAGUGCGUGCUGGAUCUAAUCGACGCCAUCAAGCCUAAGGCGAUCAACUACUCUAUGGUGAACGCUGGUGAGUGCCAGGAAGACGCCUUCCUCAACGCCAAGUACGCCAUCUCCAUGGCCAGGAAGGUUGGCGCCCGUGUUUACGCCCUACCCGAGGACCUGGUGGAGGGAAAAAGUAAGAUGGUUAUGACGGUAUUCGCGUGUUUGAUGGCAAGAGGACUCGAGAACAAAUGAUCUCCACGGUGGACUCGUCAUCUUAAACUCGUCAAACUCAUUAAACUGUUUCAUUCACUUAACGUACGUCUUUAUGUGUAAAUGUUCUGACAAAUGACCGAAGACACCCUUACUUAGUGGCGGACCGUUGGAUAAUCAAGGAAGGGGCGGCAGGAAUUUUCGCGCAGAUGAUCAUAAGUGUUGUUGUGUCAAAGCUGGUUGUUUCGCUAUGCCAUUUUGGUUUCGGUUAUUUUGUGGGUAAUUUGACUACCUACGGUCACUCCAUACAAAGCACGAGUAAUGUAACAAUAAAGUCUCAUUUUUUUC